AUGGCCCCCAUCCUCGCCCGCCAAUCCUCCGACAGCGGUAAUACCUGCCCCAGUACCAUAUCCGGCGGCGGCAUCGCAGGCAUCGUCAUCGGAUCGAUCGCCGGCACACUGCUGCUGAUUUGGCUAUGGAAAGUGUGCACUUUGAAGGGUGCUUGGAGCGGUGGAGAGCCCGAUGUCGGAUAUGUUCCUGGAGCCGGGACCAGCAGUCGGGGUCGACGGCGCAGACGGCGCACGAGUAGUCCGUCGGUGGUGGAAUACGUGGAGAAGGGGAGCCGUUCGCGACCGCGGUAUGAGCCGAGACGGCCGGCGAGGGUGUAUAUGACUUGA